AUGAGCAGACCUUUGUCAAUCCAUGAUUACGAAAUAUUGGAAACGUUGGGCGAAGGAUCUUACGGUUUAGUUAAAUUAGCAGUGAAGAAAAAUGAUCUUACACAAACGAAAGUUGUAAUAAAGUAUGUGGUAAAAUCGCUUAUUUUAGUUGAUAGUUGGAUAAGAGACCGGAAACUCGGAGCAACCAUUCCUGCCGAAAUCCAUAUAUUGAACACCUUGAAGAGCCAGCCUCAUGAAAAUAUUGGUGAAAUGCUGGGCUAUUUUGAAGAUGACGAUCAUUACUACAUCGUUAUGAGCCUACAUGGUCAAAUAGAUUUGUAUGACUUCAUUGAAGCCAACAAAGUUAUUCCUGAACGAGAAAUCAAGCGAAUGUUUAGACAGGUAGCUUUGGGAGUUCGGCAUCUUCACGACCGCAAUAUAGUGCAUAGAGACAUUAAAGAUGAAAACGUAGUAUUAGAUCAGUUUGGUGAGUGCUUGAAAUUGAUCGAUUUUGGGAGCGCAGCUUAUCUUAGACCGGGUAAACAAUAUGAGGCAUGCUGCGUAGGUACGCUUGAGUAUGCUGCUCCAGAAAUAUUGCAUGGGCAUACUUACGCUGGCAAACCGCAAGAUAUUUGGGCGCUAGGCAUUCUACUUUUUACACUCAUUUACCGUGAAAAUCCUUUUUACGACAUCAAUGAAAUUAUGGAUUAUGAACGUGCAAUAAAGUGGCCGUAUAUUCUCUCUAAAGGAUCUGGUGAUCUCAUGAGUAGGAUGCUGCAACGAGAUGUUGAAAAAAGAAUUGAUAUCCAUGGUGUGCUGGCACAUCCCUGGCUAAUGUCUCGCUAA